AUGUCAGAUCUCAACAGGAUGGAAAGCCGAAAGAUGACCUAUCGUGUCGAAGGUGAGUUUUUUGUCAUCACAUUCACAGACCCCAAGUCCCUUAAUUCACUCUCUGGGACGGACUACUUGUACCUGGCCCAUCUCUUGGAAAUCGCAGAGGAAUGCGAAACCGUUAGCUUUACCGUUCUCCAGAGCAGCGGAAGGUUUUUCUCAUCGGGGGCUGAGAUUGGUCAUAUAGCACAGGUCCAAAAGGCUGCCAACACAGAGCCCCCAGGUAUGCUUGGCAAAUGGCUUGCAGAAUUUGCCAGUCGAAACGUAUUUGUUACCCACACGUUUGCGACACACUCCAAAAUCCUGGUGUGUUGUCUCAAUGGCCCGGCGGUAGGACUCACUGCGGCCCUGGUAGUGCUAUGCGAUAUUGUGUACUCGAUGAACGAAAACGUAUAUUUGUUGUUUCCAUUCGCCAACCUAGCUCUCGUAACGGAAGGUGCUCUUUCCGUCACGCUGCCCUUGAAACUGGGCUACAACAUCGCCCACGAAAUAUUGAUGUUUGCCAAGCCAGUGAAAUACGAGCAGCUCAUCGACAAGGUGAUUGUUCGCAAUUACAAACUCACAGAUACGGAAACUUUCAAUAACCAGGUACUCGCUGACUUGCACCAUAAAACGUCAGGUCUACACCACGAUAGUUUUAUAAACAUGAAAAGCUUGUUGAGAAGGCCAAUAAUAUCAGAGCUCAAACGGGCCAACAUCGACGAAGUUGCUGACGCCAUGAAAUAUUGGGUCAAGAGUCUACCACAGCAAAGGUUUGAAGAAAUUGGUGCCAAAAAACGCCAACACAAGUUUUGA